AUGCCAUCCACAGAAGCUGUUGGUCAGGACAAUGAUGUCGGAGACAUCGUGCAGUCCAAUGAACAUGAGCCACCCGAGGGCACUCAAGAAGCUGCCAGCAAGAACGACGCCGUCGGCAACAACUCAGACUUUAACUUAGCAGGCUCUAAUACUCAGAACCCAAAUAGCAACGCCUAUGUCAGCAGCGAUUACAGAGCCUACAAUCCUCAGUAUGACCAGCAGCAGGAUACCCCAGUCUGGAGUUUAUCACAGCCCCUUCCUCAUAUCGUCAGGCCAGGUAUGCGCCAUGGUGCAUUGCCAGAGGAUCGCAAAGAAGACAGACGCGUGGGGCACGAUCACACUGGCAAGAAACAGGACCAGCCAACAAACCAAAAUAACGAUGGAUUCUUCAACACAUGGUCCAGAGUCCGGCAUUGUCUUCGGGAGCCACUGGCUGAAUGGCUGGGAACAACCCUUGCAAUGACAAUCGGCCUCUGUGCUACUUUAUCCAACUUCACUUCAUCCAGCCAGGCCGGUUCUUACCCUGCGCAAAGUGCCGCCUGGGGCUUCGGGUUCAUGGUGGCUAUUUAUACUACUGGUGGUGUAUCUGGUGGCCAUCUCAACCCAGCCAUUUCAAUUACGCUGUCCGUAUUUCGAGGCUUCCCCGCCCGUAAGACCCUGAUUUACAUUGCUGCACAGCUCCUCGGAGCUAUUACUGCGGGAGGAAUUGCUUAUGCGGUAUACCACGAUGCAAUUCUUGAGGUUGCAGCCACAGCAAAGGUGCCACAAAGUCAGAGUGUUGCCGCCGAAGCUCUAAUUACUGCUCCAAAGCAAUUCGUUCAUCCAGCAACGGCUUUCUUCACUGAAUUCAUUGGCAGUGCCAUUCUGGUCGGAGUUAUCAUGGCAUUAGGAGAUGACAACAAUGCACCCCCUGGAGCGGGAAUGAACGCCUUCGUCGUGGGAGUGCUGAUCUCAAUUGUGAUUCUCGCACUUGGUUACAACACUGGCGGGUAUGUAUACUCUAACCCAUAUGAACGUCGCGAGCUCACAGUUCCCCGGCUCAGAUGCUUCAAUUGCGCUCGCGAUUUCGGACCAAGACUCGUCGCUCUUAUGGCUGGAUGGGGUGGUCAACUCUUCCGGGAAACUCACGCAUGGUGGAUUUGGGGGCCAUGGUGUGCAGAUAUUAGCGGUGCUUUAUUUGGCGUAUUGAUAUACGACGCUGUUAUCUUUACGGGUGGUGAGAGCCCGGUAAAUUAUCCUCGGCGGCGAAGAAAGAGAGCUUCACGCGUGAGGUCUGUCAAUCUGCGGAAGAAGCUGGGCAUCGGGCGGAAGCAGACACGCGAUCUGGGAAAGUCCCUAGAGGAGGGCGUGUGA